ACCACAGUAACAGUACCACAAUCAGUCUUUCCUUCGUUUGACUAACAAUAUAGUGACAAUACAAAUAUAUAUUCAACAAACAUGGGUUCCAUAACUCCUCUGAUAACUAUCGCGUGUUUGGUCGGCUUGACGUCUUUUGGUGCGGCCAAAUUGAGCGAUAACGAAGUGGCAGAAGGAGUCAUCAAACACACCCAUUACCAUACCGGUGACGUGGAACACGCGCACAAACACGACGGUGAGGCGCACCACGAGCACCACCAUAAGGGAAGCGCCGAGCACGCCCACCACCAUGGCGGAGAAUUCGGGCACGGACAUCAUCACGGUGGUGAGUUCGGCCACGGGCAUCAACACCACGGUAGCGCCGAUCACAAGCACCACCAUGGCGGCGAAUUCGGUCACGGGCACAAGCACCACGGAAGUGCGGAACAUAAACAUCACCACGGCGGCGAGUUCGGACACGGACACCACCACGGCGGUAAAUUUGGACACGGACACGAACAUCACGGAAGUGCUGCGCACAAGCAUCAACACCACGGCAGCGCCGCUCACAAGCACCACCACGGCGGAGAAUUCGGACAUGGACACGAACAUCACGGAAGCGCUGAGCACAAGCACCACCACGGUGGAGAUUUCGGACACGGACACCAUCAUGGAGGUGAAUUCGGUCACGGACACGAACAUCACGGAAGCGCAGCGCACAAACAUCACCACGGCGGUGAAUUCGGACACGGACACCACCAUGGCGGCAAAUUCGGACACGGACACGAGCACCAUGGAAGCGCCGCGCAUAAACAUCACCACGGAGGAGAGUUCGGUCACGGGCACAAGCACCACGGAAGUGCGGAACACAAACAUCACCACGGAGGUGACUUCGGACACGGACACCACCACGGUGGUAAAUUCGGACACGGACACGAACAUCACGGAAGCGCAGCGCACAAGCAUCAUCAUCACGGCAGCGCCGCUCACAAGCACCACCACGGCGGAGAAUUCGGACAUGGACACGAACAUCACGGAAGCGCUGAGCACAAGCACCACCACGGUGGAGAUUUCGGACACGGACACCAUCAUGGAGGUGAAUUCGGUCACGGACACGAACAUCACGGAAGCGCAGCGCACAAACAUCACCACGGCGGUGAAUUCGGACACGGACACCACCAUGGCGGCAAAUUCGGACACGGACACCACCACGGCGGCAAGUUUGGCCACGGACAUCAACACCACGGUAGCGCCGAUCACAAACACCAUCACGGUGGCAAGUUCGGACACGGACACAAGCACGGUGGUAGCGCUGAACAUGCUCACCAACAUCACGGCAAAGCCGCUCAUGGCCACCACCACGCUGGUCACUCCAAACAUCAUCACAAGCACACCGUCUAAUACCAUAUCACUCGCCCCUCCCGACGAAGUCGACCCACUUAGUCGCACCAUAUCGUCGUACUAACGACUCUGUUAGGACGAAGUUGACGACGACGACGGCACUCGUCCCCAAUUCCUGUCCACAUCAUCCACCCCGCUGCAUUUGGUAUUGACUUUAAGGAUACGGUAAAGGUUAUCGGGUUCUUCGAUUACUUGUUUCCAAAAUUUCCCAUCUCCGUCUCAUCUCAUAUUUCCCGUCUUACCCUAACUCCAUUCUGUCGUGUUUCUUUUACACAUAUAUUAAACGUCUCCCUAUUUCGUCGGCGGCGUUAGAUGUUCUCAUCGCUGUUGUCUUAUCAUCGCUGCUAUCGCCGCCAUCAGUGUUGCUGUUGAUGUUACUCCAUACGUUACCUUCUUUACACUAAUUUCGGUAUUCCUGAGUACAGAAAUGUAUGAAUCGUUGUUACUGUUUGUAUAACUUAUAUAUUUGUUCUGUGAUAAUUUUAAGUGCUCAUUUGUAAUGAUUUAUUUUUAUUACUACUUAUAUCGUUGAAAUUGGGUCUUUUUAUACGUAUAUAUUAGUACUGUAUAUUCUAUGAUAAUAUGUUAUUUCAGUUUAGGAUAGACUGAUCAAAAUUGGCGGUGUAGCUUCCGGUUUCUUACUGUUAUAUUAUAUUCAUGCAUUUUAUUUUAUCGUAUAGGUACAUAUUUACGUAUACAAUAUUGUAAUGUUUUA